AUGUUUGCAGAGCCGUCAAUGCCAGAGAGGCGACCCUCGCCAGGCCUGCAGCUCAACCUCUCCUCCAACAACCCCUUCCGCAGAGCUGCUUCACCCGCCUUCCCCUCGCCCGCCAGUGCCAACCGCUCGAGCUCGGGCAGCAGACCAAUGUCGCGCAAUCCCUUUAUAUCUACCUUCGAGGCCGAAUUUAACAAGGAGGCAUCCCGAGACCUCGUUGACAUGUCUGCCACCAUGAAGGAAUCUCCCAAGAAAUCAACCUUUGGCUUUGCCGCCGAAGAGCUCUUUGCCAACCUCACCAUCGAUGACAGCGACAAGAAGCGAGCUCCCCCACCACGCCCGGCUCCUGCCCGGAGCGGCACAGAUCCCCGUGCAGGCCACCGCCCAUCUCGCUCCGAAGAGGAGAGGCGCGCCGAGCGCAUGCGUGAAGCUUCUCGUGGCGGCUCUCGACCACGCGGCCCUCCUGGUUCUUCGCGUCCUCCCCACCUGAGCAGUCCCGAACGUCGUGAGAACCGCCGUCCUCGACGCAACUCUGAAUCCUCCAUCAUCGACCGAGGCUCGUUGGAUCCGCGUGAGGAGCGCAGGCGCAGGGAGCGUCGCAAAGAGCGCGAAGAGCGUGCCAAAGAUGGUAAAGAUAAGAACGGAAAGCGUGUCCGCAGGCCACAAGGUCUUGAUCUCAUCGACAAACUCGAUGUGACUGGCAUCUACGGACCUAGCAUGAUCCACCACGAUGGACCAUACGAUGCUGUGCAGCCCCACCGGAACCGUAAGAAGGACCAGCGCGCACCUAUGCAUGCCUUCCCUGUCGGUUCGGCCAACAAUACUCUAGGUGGCUCCGGACCGCUUAACACCAAGAUUGAUCUAGACAGGAUCCAUGGAAGAGGUGCUGAGGGCUUCACCGACUUUGCCGGUGCCGAAACCGAGUGGAAGAAGCCUGCUCCAGUGGCUGCAGAGUUCAGUGCAAAGGGCCGAGAAGACAUUGUGCACGGCGAGCAGACCCACGGUCUUGGAACAUCCACUUUUCUCGAGGGUGCCCCGGCAUCCCGUAAAGCGAUCCAGGAGGAGUCUGACGCUCAGCGACAGAAGCAGCUGGCUGAAGGUGGUUUGGGCCGCAAGAAAUCCAUUGCCCAGCGAUUCCGCGGCAUCUCUCAGCCCCGACGUUAUGGUGAUGGUCCUCGCAUCACCUCGCCCGAGGCACGUUACGGAUCUGCCACCAGUCCAAGUGGUCCUUACAGCGCUGGAGCCAUCUCGCAAACCAAAGCAACAGAGCAGAACCCAUUUUUCAGCGACGACUACGACAAGGCCUAUGAUGCCAAGGGUGCAGCUAUCAAGACCAACGAGGGCGGACCUUCGCCACCUCGAGGCGCUGCGCUGCAACGAUCCAUUACCACAGAUAGUAUAGGAUCUCCCACUGGUGAGGGCAAGCCCAGUGGUGGAUUCCUUAACCGGGUCAAGUCUCUGAAAGGUGGACGCCGACGCCCUGCUUGA